AUGGAAGCUAAUGCCAAGUUAUGUGCUCAUGAAGGGAAGGACUUGCAAGACGGAGCAAUGUAUCGGCAACUUGUAGGUAGUUUAAUCUACCUUACGUUAACUAGACCAGAUAUUUCAUAUGCAGUUGGAGUAGCAAGUCGAUAUAUGCAACAACCAAAGAAUCCUCAUUUGGAAGCAGUGCGACGAAUGCUAAGGUAUGUCAAAGAUACCAUUAACUACAGCCUCUUAUAUAAGAAAGGUGACGAGAUUAAGAUAGUUGGAUAUUGCGAUGCUGAUUAUGCUGGAGAUCACGAUACUCGUCGCUCAACAACUGGAUAUGUAUUCAUGCUUGGAUCUGGAGUCGUAUCUUGGUGUAGCAAAAGGCAACCAACGGUGUCCUUGUCAACCACUGAAGCAGAAUAUAGAGCAGCAGCAAUGGCAGCUCAGGAAAUGUCACUUCAUUGUGAUAAUCAGUCUGCUAUUCGUCUAGCAGAAAAUCCUGUGUUUCAUGCAAGGACAAAGCACGUGGAAGUGCAUUAUCAUUUUCUGAGAGAAAAAGUGCUUCAAGAAGAAAUAGAGAUGCAACAAAUCAACACAGAUGAUCAAGUUCCUGACAUAUUCACCAAAGGACUAAGCACAAUCAAGUUUUUGAAAUUCAGAACUCAACUAAACCUCGUCAAACGAGAAGAAGCUUAG